AUGCCUGAAGCCGUACCGCCCCACAAGCGGGCGCUGACCGAUACCACGAGCAAUCCGCGCAAUAAUGCUGUCUUUUCCGAGGCGAUGAAGAAGCGCAAAUUGGAUCAACACCCGUCCUCCCAGUUCAAAUCCCCAGCAACUAGUAUCCAAAGGAAAGGAUUUGGCUUGAGUCAACCACAGAAGAGUCAAUUCGAGGAGGAGGUUCUCGAGAAGUUCACACAAGAUAUUGGAGAUCUGAAGGGAAACAAUGCAGAGAAAGAUCAGCAAUGGGAAAGACCACCGUUGGUCGACUUCAACCCAGCACGGGACAACAUAUGCUUUCAACAGAUUGAUGCCGAGGAGGGCAGAUUCGGAGCCGACAAAAUGGCCGUUCGACUUUUCGGCGUCACCGAGACUGGGCACUCGGCCAUGUUGCAUGUCACUGGCUUUCAGCAUUAUCUUUAUAUUGCCGCCCCAGUUGGAUUCACAAAGGAGGAUUGCGAUCCGUAUCGAGCGUUCCUGGAAACGAAACUUGCACAAAUGGCCCCAGUCAUUCAAUCUGUAGAGGUCACCCUCAGAGAGAAUCUUUACGGCUUUCAAGGCAAUCAGAAAAGCUGGUACCUGAAGAUUACCGUGACGGAUCCCAAAUUCAUCGCACGAUUACGCAGUGCGCUUGAAACUGGCAGUGGAACGAUGAAUUACAAAGGCCUUUGGAGUAAUUCGGACUCGGGUAUCCUGACCUUCGAUAGCAUUCAGUAUCUUCUGCGGUUCAUGAUUGACACUGGAUUGCACGGCAUGUCAUGGGUGGAAGCUCCAGCUGGGAAAUAUCGACUUUUGCCCGAUCACGAAAGGCAAUCCAACUGCCAGAUAGAAGCGGUCAUGGAUUAUCGCGACAUGAUCGCUCAUGCUCCGAACGGCGAGUGGGCUAAAAUGGCCCCGCUCCGGAUCCUCUCUUUCGAUAUCGAGUGCGCUGGUCGCCAAGGCAUUUUCCCCGAGCCCAAUGUUGACCCGGUCAUUCAAAUUGCCAAUGUGGUCACCCGGUACGGAGAGUCGAAGCCUUUCAUUCGGAAUGUCUUUUGCCUCGACACUUGCAGUCUCAUCGUUAACACCCAGAUUUUGGAGUUUGAGAAGGAGGAACGAAUGUUGAUGGCGUGGCGAGAGUUUGUGGAAAAGGUUGACCCGGAUGUCAUCAUCGGAUACAAUAUCGCCAACUUCGAUUUUCCUUAUUUAUUGGACCGUGCAAAACAUCUCAAGUGCGGGCAAUUCCCAUAUUGGACGCGAGUGAGGAACUGCAAGACCGAAGCCAAAGAAGCUAGUUUCUCAAGCAAACAAAUGGGCAAUCGGGAGACCAAGGCGACCAAUACCAACGGCAGAAUUCAGCUUGAUCUUCUUCAAUUGGUUCAGCGAGAUCACCAGCUGCGAAGCUACACCCUCAAUUCUGUCUCUUACGAGUUUCUUGGGGAGCAGAAGGAAGAUGUCCAUCACACGAUGAUCACGGAGCUCUUCAACGGCACACCUGAUUCUCGACGUCGAUUGGCGGUGUAUUGCUUGAAAGACGCUUACUUGCCACAACGGCUAAUGGACAAGCUGAUGUGUUUGGUCAAUUACACGGAAAUGGCUAGGGUCACGGGUGUGCCAUUCAACUACCUGCUUUCGCGUGGUCAGCAAGUCAAAUUCAUCAGUCAAUUGUUCCGCAAAGCUCUUGAGCAACAGCUUGUCAUUCCAAACUCGAAGUCGCAAGAUGAGCAAGACUAUGAGGGUGCUACUGUCAUUGAGCCCAAGCGUGGCUACUACGGUGUUCCUAUCGCUACCCUUGAUUUCGCGUCUCUGUAUCCGUCCAUUAUUCAAGCGCACAACCUGUGCUAUACCACACUACUCAACAAGUCCAGUGUCGAGAAACUGGGGUUGAAAAAGGACGAAGAUUACAUCGUGACGCCGAACGGGGACCUUUUCUGUACCGCCAAGGUGCGUAAAGGUCUCCUGUCGCAAAUUCUUGAGGAGUUGUUGGGAGCACGAAAGCGGGCUAAAAAAGAGUUGGCUAGCGAGACCGAUCCUUUCAAGAAAGCCGUCCUGAACGGUCGUCAGCUUGCGUUGAAGAUCAGCGCGAACAGUGUUUACGGUCUGACGGGUGCUACUGUGGGCAAGCUGCCCUGUCUUCCAAUCGCUAGUAGUACGACCAGCUACGGUCGUCAAAUGAUCGAAAAAACCAAGGCGGAAGUGGAGGCGCGCUACACCAUUGCCAACGGGUACUCCCACGAUGCGCAGGUCAUCUACGGUGAUACUGAUUCGGUCAUGGUCAAGUUCGGCGUCACCGAGUUGGAAGAGGCGAUGAAACUCGGCGAAGAAGCUGCAGACUACGUCUCCUCCAAGUUCAUCAAGCCCAUCAAGCUUGAGUUUGAGAAGGUCUAUUUCCCCUACCUGCUCAUCAACAAGAAACGAUACGCAGGUCUAUAUUGGACCAACACCAAGAAACACGACAAGAUGGACACCAAGGGUAUUGAAACAGUGCGACGUGACAAUUGCUUGCUGGUCCAGAAUGUCAUUGAAACCGUGCUGAAUAAGAUUUUGAUUGAGCGUGAUCUCGACGGUGCGCAAGAUUACGUGAAAGCCACGAUCUCGGAUCUGUUACAGAACAAAGUGGACAUGUCGAAGCUAGUGAUCACCAAGGCUUUGUCACAGAAGGAGUAUGCGGCCAAGCAAGCUCACGUCGAGCUUGCUAAGCGCAUGGCAAAACGAGAUGCAGGAUCCGCUCCCGCCCUUGGAGACCGUGUCGCCUACGUGAUGAUCAAGGGGGCUGCCAAUUCAAAAGGCUACGAGCGGGCCGAGGACCCCAUCUUCGUCUUGGAGAACAACAUCCCCAUUGACACCAAAUACUACCUCGACAAUCAGCUGGCGAAUCCUCUUGGUCGGAUUUUCGAGCCCAUCUUGGGUGAAAAGAAAGCCAAUCAGUUGUUGACCGGCGAACAUACUCGCUCUAUCUCGGUCGCUGCUCCUAGCUUGGGUGGGCUGAUGAAGUUCACCAAGCGUACCCAGACCUGCAUGGGCUGCAAAAAGCCCCUAUCUGGGAAAGAGGAGAUGGCGGGGGCUGUUUGUGCCAACUGUCGUCCACGGAUUGGCGAGCUGUACACCAAGGCUCUCACAAAGGUCUCCGACUUGGAAGUCCGCUUUGGCCGGCUUUGGACCCAGUGCCAGCGUUGCCAAGGCAGUCUUCAUUGCGAAGUCAUCUGCUCUUCGCGGGAUUGUCCGAUCUUCUACAUGCGGAUGAAAGCGAAGAAGGACGUAGAAGACUCUCAAAAAGAACUGUCUCGAUUUGACUUUGAUGCCGGAGCAUGCUCCGCGCCGGUUCCGUGGGAAGAGAUUUUUGCUCGACACGAGGCUGUCCUCGCUUCACAUCUCGAAAUCCUUGGGGCAGUCGAGAGUCAAAUCGCGUCCACCGGAGGAGAAGCCUUCCGCGCUGUCUCCAGCAUGGUGACCAAAACCAUACAAGCGAUGAAUCAGUCCAAAAUUGCACGAAAGCAAAUGCUCUUGCGAAAGGCGGCAUCUCAAGACGUCCCAAGCACUUCUGCCUCUUCUUCAUCGACCAAAAAUACGGAUAGCCAGCCCACCAGCACAGAAACCAGCAGUUUCAAGAAAAGAUCAAGCGCCGAAAUGGCCGAUUCACCUUUGCCUUUUCAGCCUUUGACUCCCGAAGAUGAAGGUCGGGCUGUCAAACGUCGGCGGGACACGGCUCAGGAAAAUCAUCCGCCCACCGUGAGCUACGUCCCGCCCCAGUCGUGGGAAACAGAGGAUAUCUCCGAAGAAGUCCAGCGGCGACUCAGAAUCAAAGAGGAAAAACGCAGGAAGAGAGAGAACACCAAGCCAGAGAAACGCAAGCGCGAGAGUCUCCAACCAGAUGAGUUACCAUCCCGAUCUGAAGAGCAUCAUCGGAAGAAGCGUGCCCGGCGAACCAGCUCCGAUCUAAAGCGGGCGGCAGAGUCAUUUGCGGACAAGCCGGCCGGGGAAAACAAAGCGAUUGAAGCAGAUGCGAAGUGGGACCUGAUCAUUGAAUCUAGGUCAAGAGCCAAGGUCUGUCGAAAGUUUCCUAGCUAUUCGCUGGAGGCCUCAGACUGGUUGUGA